GAAAUUAGUUCUAUCCAGUGCGCCUGUGAAAGUGUUAGCGUAACGGCGCAUUUCGUACCAUAAACAAAUCAUUAAGAAGUGACGUCAAACACGCGCUGCGACUGCUUGAACAAACGAGUGGCGCGACGAUCGACUGAGCAGUGAGCAGUACAAAAACAAACGACAGCCGCCCACCGCGCACACAAACUAACAUUUGUAUGUGUGUACUUUCAGCGCGCUCUCCGCCUAGGCACACACACGUGCGAAGAUAUUAGUAUUAAUACAUGUAAAAGCACCUCUUCGUACGUUUGGUGACGAAGCGUUAAGGCAGCCAGCCGUAGUGAACGCGUAAAGAAACGAAAGUUUUUCAUUUUCUUCGCUGUUUGGGGCGGCAUAGCGCAUACAGACGAGACGAGCAUUGCUUGGCGGCGCGCUAACGCUGUCGUUUCGAUUUUUCGCUUCACCAUUUGUUGUGCGCGUAUCGCUCUUUAACGUUUGUUGUUUGUUUUUCGCGCAUUGCGUUGAGCACCUUUUCGCUUUUUUCCCUACACUUUUAUCGACGUUUCGCCGAGUCGGUGCGACUUGAUGCGACGCUACGCGACGCGAUUUUGAACGCAGCGCAACUGAUCGCACGAAGUUAGUGGCGCGGCAACCGCGCGCGAUCAGAGAAUUUCUCUAAAUAAACGCAACACGCUGGUGCAGUUCAGUAACGCGUAAAAAUUUCACUGCAACGGUUUGCUCCGCCAACGGCAACGGAUGAUGACUGAUAUGAACGACGAUUAGAGGAAAGAAACAACUUGUUGAAAACAGUACACAUAUGCUGUAGUAGAUAAAAUUCGAAUAAAAAAAGCAUAUUUAAAAAUAACUUUUUAAAAUAUUCACGACACAGCAGUGAGCAACAGGCGAGCGCAAGAUACAAUAUAUCAGUGUUUAUUUGUUUUGUGAAAUGUGCUAAAGAAAAGUAUAGCAGUGAGUGCGUACUAAAACAGUGUGUAGAGACGCAGAAAAACACAUACGCCAUAUAUCACACGAUUACCAAACAAAUUAAAAUCGAACGCGCCAGAAACUACCGUGCGCUCUGCUGAUCCUGCCAAUUGUCGUUCAACUUCGUGUCAAUUUUCCGUUGCGUAUACGUCCAGGAGUGCGCUCAACGCCACACACUCUUCUUCUAAACAACAAAAGUAAUUUGAAAAACAAAAAAAUCAUCGUCAACAUGUCACAUCAAUGCAGUUGCGGACGCGAUCUCAACAACAACUACGUGUCCUACACAAGCGCCUACGCCAAUGGCAGCUCCAGUCUGGAUCGUGAGACGAGCAGCGGCCUCUCGGGUGGCGGCAGCAAGUCAGCCAUGUCGGGCAAGACCACACAACUAACAGCGAAAGUGAUGUUCGGUACAGUGGGCGCCAUCAAGGAUCUGCGCGAGAAGGAGAAGUCACGCCAUGCGACAACGCGCGCCAGCGAUCGGCGCAACUGAGCGUUAGUGCGCAGAGACUGAAGGGGUUGUUGGCUGGGUAUUGGGUGAGCAUGCGCAAGGAUACGAAACAUGGCUAAUCGAAGUAAAGUGUUAAAUAGUUAUGGCGGCGGGUUCGUUGCGGGCAGAAGACGUAGGAUUUAAAAUGCAGUGGCAGGCGGCAAAAGCGAGGCGUUCUGGACUACAUACAGUGUUGUAAUGCAUUGGUGGGGCGUGCAGGGGCUUGCGGCUGUUGAAAUGUAAAGCGGUUGUGCGUAGUCAACAGGUAUGUGCGCAUAUGUAUCGUCAGGCAUUACGUGGUCUUCUGCAGCGACGACGCGAAGCUUCUGGAAAAUCCUAGCUGUAAAUGUUUCGCCGCUAUAACUUUUCAAAACACAUACUAGUAAACUAUUUACUUGCAUGUAAGUGGGUAGUUUAAGUGUGUUAGCGCCUUGGAGGACUUUGCUCAUGCCACACUAGGAAUAAAUGUAAAUAUUUGCUUAUCAAUUUAAUUUCAUAGUAACAAUUUAUUUAUACUAAGUGCACCCUGUGAAAAUUUUUAGUACAUUAGUUUUUGUUGUGCAACAAUUUACCAUAUAUACAUAUAUAUAUACAUAUAUGCAUAUGUAUAUCUGCUACAGAUAAAACUUAAAUGUUUACACCAAAAUAUUGUAUAUUAUGCGUUGAUCUAAUUUAAUUUUUAAGCUAUAAUUUUAAACUUUCAAAAAGCUAUUUUUUACUUGUGAAUUAUUAGUGAAAGUAACUGCCUUUCAAUCAAAAUUUUUAUUUAUAUAUAAAUUAUGUAUAGCGAGAACUCAGCUGCGCAUUUAAUAUCUGUUUUUUUUGGAAUAUAAAUUAAAAUUUUUUUAUUUGAAAAAAUAUUUAUUUUUUACUAAAUUUUUUUUUGUAAAAACAAAAUUUUUUAAAUACAUUUUUAUUAAUUUUUUAAAUUUUAGUUAUUUUGUUAGUUUUAUUUCAAAUUUUAUAACAGUUAAAAAGUGUUUUAUAAACAUACAUUAUUUUUAAUUUUUAGUAUUUUCUUAUUUAUUAAUUUUUUUUAUUUAUUUUUAUUUUAUUAAUUUUUUAUAUUUUUUGCUUUGAAAGUAAAAGUGAAAGUCUUCUCUCGUUUUGCGCUUGAUUCUUGGUUUUGAAUAUAUUUAAAUUAAUUUUCCAUUAUUUUCUUGCAACAAAUUUUGAAUUUUAAUUCAAGAGCUCCCUAUUUCAUGUGCUAUUUACUAUAUUUUUUAUUUAAUAACUAUUUAUUUUUGUUUAUAUAUAGAAAACAAUAAAAAUGUUGCUUUAUCCUUAUACAAUCAUAAUUUUGUUUUCUUUUUCAUUAUUUGAUAUGUUUUAUGUCAAAUAGGAAAAGACAUAUGUUUUUACUACAAAUAUAUAUGUAUAUACAUAUCGUCACCUAGAAUGAAAAACAGUAUCACGAAAAAAAUUUAAAUUCAGUUUUUUGUUGCUUACGAUUCACUACUGUGAAAUAUAACCUAUAUAUAACUGUUUCAUAACCAAAACUGAAUUUUUUUUCAAUUUGAGUGGUUUGUAUUAUAUCGUUUUUCCUUUGCCUGUAAACUUAUGGAAGUGAUGUUACGUUAUUUUGAAUUUUAGGUGAGGAUACGUAAUAUAUAUAUAUUAUACUUAUUUUUAUAAUUUUCAGCAACAAUUUUCUCUCUGAGCAUUCAUAAACUCAAAUAAUAUGUGUAACAUAAAAAUAACUUAUGUUUAUUGUGAGUUAUUAGAGCGAAGUUGUAGAAGGUUCGUUAUUUGAGCUAAUUGUUUACAGUAGACAAUUUAGGUGAAUCCAAAAAUUUUGUUGUAAAAUGUUUUUUUUUUUACAAAUCUGCAUUUUGUGUUUAAUAUUUUUAUUGUAAAAACAGAAGAAGAUAUAAUAUGCCAUCUCCAUUAACACUCUUUUUACGCUAUAAGCAUGAUUACGAAUACAAAUUAUACAAAUAAGAGUGCGAAGAUUUCUAAAAAAAUAAUAUUGAAAAAAAUUGAAAUCAUAAUAAUAAUUUUUUAAUAAUAAAAAUUAUAUAUUGUCAUAUUUUUAUAAAACUAGUAAUCAUUAAAAUUAAAUGUAUUUUUGCGUAUAUAAAAUGCGCAUUUAAGUGCUACUGCGGGCAAAAAAUAGUAAGACUUAUUAAAAGAAACGUUGAGCGAAAACCCAUUCGUCGAAAUAUUUUUUUUUAAGUUUAUAUGACUGUACUUGACAGCUGUGGCAAAUGCCACAUCAAAAUAAUCAAUAGUGUUUAGUGUAUGCGCGUCUUUUUGAAGUACUUAAAGUACAUUGGGCCAUUUUUACGAUAAGUGAAAUUAUUGAAGAAAGAAGUUCCAUUAAAUUUUGUGUGCGGAAUCAAAUUUCUGUUGCCGAAACAUUGAGAAUGUUGGAAAAGGCAUUCAGUGAUGUCGCCAGCAAGUGUCUUUGAUUGGUACAAAUUCAAAGAGGACGUUGACGACGAACCACGUCCAGGACGUCCAGCAACAUCAACUAAUGAAUAACACGUCAAUAAAAUGAAGUAAUUGGUGGUUGAAAAUCGACCGAUAACAGUCAGACAUCUUACUGGUAUCGUUGGAAUAUCGGAAGGAACAGUAAAAACCAAGAAAGAUCGUUUGGGUCUAAGAAAUGUGAGUAAGCACGAUUGGUUCCAAAAUCACUAAGUUUUUUUCGAAAAAUAGCGUCACGUUUAUGUCUCUAAAACAAUGCUUUCCGACCAUCAGGAUGUUAUAAAACAAAUUAUUACUGGCAUUAAGUCUUGGAUCUAGCUUACGACCAGGAAACAGACGAGCAAUCGGUCGAAUACCGUGGCAGAGGUGUGCCAAAGCCAAAAAGCCACGUCAAAGCAGGACGAGAAUCAAGGCUACGUUGACAGUUUUCUUUGAUUAUGGAGUUACUGUAUUCCAAAUUCCUUCUGACCAGCCAUACUGCUAACAAGGAAUACUAUUAUUCGUCGUUUGCGCGAAGCUAUACAUAAAAAGAGACAAGAAUUAUAUGCCGACAACUCUGAGUUUUUGCUGCAUUGAUUCUUCUUGAGUUUUUUCGCCAAAUUUUUAAAUUUAACAAUUUUGAGGAUUGGAAAACACACAUGUGUAUUGGGGCUAAAGAGGAUUACUUUGAGGGAAACGGCAUAGGUUUUGAAGAAUACAUUAAGAAUUUUAAGACUAUGAACAAAGUCUUACUAUGUUUUGCGCAUAGUAGUAUCAUUAUUUAGAAAGGAGCUUUAUCUUUAAUCAUGUAUUUUAUACUUGUUAUUGUUUAUUCUUUUCCUUUUACUUUAAUGUCUUAUCUUUGGCGGUGGUUAUCUUUUAACGAGUGUUGCGCUUUGAUAAGAGUUUGACUAUAAAGUUGGUAACAUUAUUUAUUUAUGGUUUGUUGAUGCAAGAGUUACAAGUAGAUGGCUAUUUAAUUUGAGGUCAAAAGUAAAAAUAUAUCUAUACAAGUGAGAACUUUUUAGAUAUUUAGAAAAUAAUAAAAAUAUACGAUUUAAAGGGAAUAUUCUUGUCUAGAGAUAUUUUAAUCGGAAGUUGUUUGGAUACUGAUUUAAUAUUUUAACUAUCUAUUUAUCAUUUGCUUACAACUAUUUGAAGAGUACUCAAAAUUAAUUUCAGAAAAAAAAUUUCCUUAAAAUAGAGAUGGAAUAAAAGAUCAUGACAUCUUCGUUAUGAUUUCUACCCUUGUGAUCAUCUUAAAAAUAACUAAAACAAUGCUGGAUCCUUGAUUAGUAGGAACGUUGCUAUCUCAAAAAGCUUGAAAACUGAAAUAAAAAAAUCAUAAAAUCAUAAAAUCCCGGCUAUUCAAAAAUAAAUUUCGAUCUUUUUUUAAUAUUUUGUUUUAUUGUUGCUUUAUGUGGUAGAGCGAUAUUUAAAACAUAUUCAUGUCAUCUUUUAAGUAAAUCGGCCCAUUAGAUCUUAUUAUGGCGACCGCAUCAAAAAAAAAACAAAUAUUUUCGAGAAAAACGCGUUUUAAGUUUUGUCGAUUGCUCUACCGGUCUAGUAACCAUUAUACUAAAACGACUUUAACUUCGGAAAUAAUUCGAAUUUUGAAAAAUUUUCUUAGCAAGAUAUUCGCCAACGUCCAAACUAACGAAUUAUGAAAAACAAAAUAUUUUAAAUUAUUGAAAAAAGUUUUUUUUAAAACAUUUUUUUUUGAAAAUAUUUUUUUGGAUAUUUUUUUUAAAUAUUUUUGAAGAAAAAAAGUUUUUUUUGGAAAGAUUUUGUUUUCGAUUUUUUCAAAUUUCUAGACUAGAAACCCUGUCAAGCUUAUAAAAAUAAAAAUAAAAUGUAUUAAUUCUGCAUUUGUGUGCUCACCACUCUAUAUAUGUAUGCAUAUUUUAUAUACAUGUAUGUAUGUGACAUUUUGAUAUGUGUAUGGGUAUGACUGUUGACCAGCGAUAUGAAAUUAGUGCGAUAAGUGAAUUAUCAUAGUUAAAAUAUCUCAAUUUGUCUACAUAUCUAUGUUUGUAUGUAUGUGUUCUCAGUUGGCUUUUAGCUACUCAAAUAUGUUUGUAUGCAUAUAUAUAUUUGUUCACAUGAGUGUUUUACAAUGUAUGAACAAGCAAAAACAAUGUAUUUGCACUUGUAAAUAUAUGUUUUUAUUAUUUCAAUUUAAAGAAAUGUGUGUGUGACGACAGCAAGUUGAGAGAAUUAAGUGGCUGAGUGUAAUGUGUAUGUAUAUGCAAAGACACGUGUUGAAAUUCUGUUACUAAAAUAAAGAAUUGGGAAUACCGUUCAAAAUGAGCAAUAUAUAUAUGUAUUUAUAAUGAUUUUAGAAAAAAAAAUUCACAUUAGUGAAAUUGUGUUUAACGACAAAACAAUGUAACUCGAGCUUAGCAUAUUUAUACUCUCUAGCUAUGAGCGCAGUUGUUCUUGUAUGAUAUUGAAGCAAAUAAGUUUGGAAAUCUGCACUCUGCAGCAGCAAGUCAUCAAAAAAUGAUACGAAAUAUUCAAUUUUUCUAUGAAAGUCGCAACUAAAAGAGAUCAUAUAGAUACAUACAUAUGCACAUUAAAUUUUGCAAAUAUAGUAUAUUAAUAAAAGAAUAUAUUAAAUAUGUAAAUAAAAAAAUAUACUAUAUUAAUAACAAAAUAUUACAUGUAAUUAAAAAUUAUUUUAUAAUAAAAAAAAACAUUUCUUACCAUUAACAUAAUUUAAUUUUUUUUUGUAAAUUUUGUUCUUAAUACUUUUUGCUAAAUUUUUUAUUAUGCUUGCUUUUGGAAAGCAAUGGUUUAUAAAAUCGCUAGAAAUACUUUUUUUCACUAAAUGAAUUUUAUAUUAUUUAAGUUUAAAUAUUUUUUUAAUAUUUAUUAAAAAAAAAAUGUCCUUUAAAUAGAAAUGGAAUAAAAGAUCAUGGAAUCUUCGUUAUGAUUUUUGCCCUUGUGAUCAUCUGAAAAAUAACUAAAACAAUGAUAGAUCCUUGAUUAGUAGGAACGCUGCUAUCUCAAAAAGCUUGAAAACUGAAAUAAAAAAAUAAUAAAAUGCCGGCUAUUCAAAAAUAAAUUUCGAUCUUUUAUUAAUAUUUUGUUUUAUUGUUAUUAUGACAUAUAUACUCAUUUUGCUUCAUAAAUUUUUGUUGAAACUAUUUUUUUCUAUAAAAAAUUAUACACACCUGCUCUUAUUUAAUUUUGGUCGGUUUUUAAUAAUCAAGAAAAUUACAGUGUGCUUAAAUUGCAAUGCUUUGCAAAAUAUAUAAAUAUGAGUAAAUAUGUAUAUUUAGCAUAUUAGGGUGGUUCAAAAAAAAUCUUAUCUUUUGGUGCUCUGGUUGACAGACAGCUCUACAGAAGUAAAUUUUUAGUCUGUAAAUUUCCUACGAAUUUAUGAGUUUGCAAAAUAAAAUGAUAUACACAACAUAUUAGGGUGGGCCAAAAAAAAUUAAAUGUUUAGGUUCUCUCAUUGAUAGCCACCGUUACGACUGCAAUUUUUAAUGUGUAAAUUUUGCUUAUGAAAAAUAUGAUAUUUUUUAUCAAUGAGUUCUAAGAAAAAAAUGUAGUUUAUAAGAACAAAAUUUUGUCUUAAAAUAAUUGAGUUCCAACCGUGAAUAUCUUUGAAACGGUUAAGUUUACGAAAAAACUGUAGGAGAUCAUUUUGUAGAAUAUUCAAGUUUCUACGAAAUCCAUGAAACCAGAUAUUUUUUAUGUAAUUGGAAGCGUGAUAUGAAUUUCUCUUGCUGAUAUUAAGAAAAAAAUAGUUAAAUGUAAAUCAUGAUAACUCUAAGAACCUACCCGUUACAAUUACGAGCUCAUACUUUGAGAGUCCCUCCUUGAGGUGUCUGAGGUGUCUACUAACCAAAUUUUCCAGAGUACCAAUCGAAAAAGAAAAAAAUAAUAAUUUUAUGUGCACCCUAAUAUCGUAUUUGCACAUACAUAUCGCUCAUUUGCUGCAAGACCGGCAUAAGUCAAAAAAAUCGAUUUUCCAGAAAACGCGUUUAAAGUUUUCAACUGACUACAACCUUACACGGUGACUCCAACCUUACACCUCUUCUCAAGCGGAGCAUAUAAGAGAUAUUCAUAUGAAUUUUUCACUCAACAUGAAGUAUGAUUUUUGUUUUAUGCCGGUCUUGCAGCAAAUGAGCGAUAUGUUCUUAAAAAACAUUUAUGUAAUUAUAUAUAUGUAAAAUAUUUUUUCUUAUAUUUUUAUAUGUAAUUAAGUUAUUUUUAAAAGAAAAUAUUUUGUUAUGUAAUUAUAUUCAAUUAUAGUUAUGAAGGCCGGUGAGUUAUUAAAUAAUGUGUUACAUAAGGUGUGUUUUUAUUAAAAGCUAAAGCAAAAAAAAAUUAAAAUUUUUUAAAUAACAGUAUUUAAUUCUGACAUACAUACAUAUAUCAAAUUAGG